GCAGUUCAAUUUUACCACAUGGCAAAGCGUGCAGUUCAAUUAAGAGAAAAGUUUAUUUUCCCGCCUAAGCACGUCGCUCAUUAUUUUCCAUGGCACAUGCAGAAAGGUUUAAGGAAGCUGAUGAACAGAUUGAGGGAUGUUGAUUGUUUAGUUGAGGUUCAUGACGCUAGAAUACCAUUAUCUGGAAGAAAUCCAAUUUUUAAAGAGACUGCAGAGGUCCGUCCUCAUUUACUACUAUUAAAUAAGAUUGAUUUAGCGGAUAUAUCUCACAAAGAAAUCAUUGUUAAGAAAUUACAACAAGAUGGAGUUAACGAAGUCUUGUUUACAAACUGCAAAAGCGUUCCAAAUGUUGGGAAAUCGUCAUUAAUUAACACAAUGAGAAACGUCUAUACUGGGAAAUCUGGAAAAGCGACAAGAGUUGGCGCAACUGCAGGAGUAACUAGAAGUGUUCUAGAAAAGAUUAAAGUAUCGGAUUCACCUAAAAUAUAUGUUUUUGAUACACCUGGUAUCCUCCAACCAAAGCCCAAUAAUAUGGAUGCAGCUAUGAAAUUAGCUUUAUGCGGUACAUUACAAGAUCACAUUCUUGGAAGCGAAACAAUCGUUGACUAUAUGCUAUUUUGGUUAAAUAAGAACGCACUAUUUGAAUACGUAGACUUCUUUAAUUUGCCUUCGCCAACUGACAAUGUAAUUGAGUUUUUGAGUACUAUUGCAAUAAAGAAAAAUAUGAUGAUUAAAGUAAAAUCAGUUGCAACAGGUAAAUAUGAAAUAAAGCCAAACUUCCAACACGUUUCGGAGAUGGUUCUAAAAGCGUUUCGAGAAGGAAACUUGGCAAUGACCACUAGCUUAUUAGAAGUAGACCCCGAUGCCAAAUCUUGGAGUGAUUUCAAAGCAAAGAAAACAAAGGCUUUUCCUAAGAAUUCCCUUUUCGGUUGCCAAUUAGAAAUAUAUGACGAAACAGAUAAAAAAAAUGUGCAAAAUCUAAAUUUGGCUAAUUAUGAAAAUACACAAAAAAAGAGAUCUAGCCGGAAGAGUUUAUCAACUUCCGUAAAGCAACGACUUCCAGAUCAAAAACUCCUUGAACUUGGAACUAAUGCCGUAGAAAAACAAUUCAAAGAAACGGAAAUAGCUAAAAGUCAAUUCGAAGAAGCUAAAUUGAAAGCCUUGUGCUUCGAUAGGAAGAGCGAAGAUCAUUUUUCAAAGCAUCCUAGAGUUAGUAAAAAUCAUCAGUGGUAUAAAACCGAAGAUUUAGCGCACGCUGACGAGGUUAACGCAAUAGGAUUUGGAAAGAAGAGAAAUUUCGAUUACGAAAGAGGACUAAAGAAACCAGUUAUACAUAAUUACUCAAUCAUUGGAGAUAUUCUUCGCACCGGAAUGGAUAGUCAACCUGUCGCUAAUAAUUCAAAAUGCUACCAGCUCGGCAAUCAACUACCUCCAAUUAGAAACAAUAGCUCAUCAAAUGCUGAAACCGUAGAUCCUAUCUUGUAUGAGCCAAGAAAUUUUACUGCUGCUAAAAAUAGACCUAAAACUAAGGUUAUAAAUGGUGUUGAAUUACCUUUAAAUAUCAUUCAUCAAUUUGGUACCAAAGUUUGCGAGGAACUACUUAAAGACGAAGGAAGCGUUAAAGAUUUAUUCGACCAGUACGAAUCGGCUAGAAGUCGCCCAUCUAGAUACGUUACUAGGAGAGAUGUUAACAAACCAAAAGAUCCUAUGAAUUUGGAACCAGGUUACGAAUCCUUAGGUCAAGCCGUAAGAUAUAAUACUUUUCCAGGCUAUAGCAGGGAUCAAGAAGUAACGGAAAAGCAAACAAAUUACAAUUGGCAAGUUUUUGACAAUCGAACAGAAAUUCCCAAUGAAUUUAGGGCUCGAAAAGAUGAAUUAAGCAAUUGGCAUGAAAACAAUUUUAUAAAGAGUGAUUUAUUGAAAAAAUGGAAUACAUAUGAAGAAAAUAGGCCAAAAUAUGAGGCAAAUUGGAAUAGGAAUGCCACAGAAUUGAGACAAGAGAAGGGAACAAAGGAGAAAAAAAUACCAACAAAAGAAAAAAAUACAACAAAGAAAACAUUUCGAAAACCCACGCAAAAACUGGAAAAAGAUGAGAUUAAUGUUAAAACUCCUCCCUUAACUCCCCCGCAAGCUGCGAAAGAUGAUAAAAUCAAAGUGAAAAAGAAUUUUGAAAGGGAUGAAGAAUUUUGGAAGUUUUACGAUCAGCCUAUGGGCUAA